AAAACCACCCAUCCUGGCCUCCAUCCUAGGUCCAAAGUCUCUCUUACACCUGAGCACUGAGAAGAGCUGGAGGCUUCACAGCACUGGGCUCCAUUGCCCCCUUUCAGGAGGUCAAGACCCAUCUGAAACCCCAAGAACAAUGGCAAGCAGAGAAGAUGAACUGAGAAGUUGUGUUGUAUGUGGGGACAGGGCCACUGGCUAUCACUUCCAUGCCCUGACCUGUGAGGGCUGCAAAGGGUUUUUCAGGAGAACUAUCAACAAGGGUAUGGGACUCACCUGUCCUUUUGAUCAAUGUUGUGAGGUCAGCAAAAACCAGAGGCGCCAUUGCCCAGCCUGCAGGCUACAGAAAUGCCUUGAUGUGGGCAUGAAGAAAGACAUGAUCCUGUCGGCAGAAGUCCUGGCACAGAGGCGGGCAAGGAAGGCCCAAAGGCAGGCAGAGAAGGAACCUGUGCAGCUGAGUGAGAAGCAGGAGAUGUUGGUCCAGGUGUUCCUAGGGGCUCAUGCCCGCCACGUGAGCACCAUGUUUGAUCAAUUUGUACAGUUCCGGCCCCCAGCCCAUCUGUUCACCCAACACCAGCCUGUACCCUUUCUGCCACCUGUGUUGCCAUUGCUUAUACACCUAGCAGACGUCAAGACUUUCAUGGUAGAACAAGUGAUCAAGUUCACCAAAGACCUGCCUCAUUUCCGGUGUCUGCCCAUAGAAGACCAGAUAUCCCUAUUGAAGGGUGCAGCCCUGGAAAUCUGUCACAUCGAACUCAACACCAUUUUCUGUCCCCAAAGCCAAACUUUCCUGUGUGGACCUCUCCGAUAUACCUUCCAAGAUGGAGCUCAUGUGGGGUUUCAGGAGCAUUUUUUGGAGUUACUGCUUCGUUUCCACAUGACCCUGAGGAGACUGAAGCUGCAGGAGCCUGAAUAUGUGCUUAUGGCUGCCUUGGCCCUCUUCUCUCCUGAUCGACCUGGUGUAACACAACGGGAACAAAUCGAUCAGUUCCAAGAGGAAAUGGCAUUGACAUUACAGAACUACAUCAGGAGCCAGCAAGCUCGACCACAAGGCCGGUUCUUGUAUGCAAAGAUGCUUGGGCUGCUAGCAGAACUUCGAAGUCUCAGCACGGAGUACGGACGCCAGCUGCAGCGCAUCCAGGAGUUGUCGGCCCUGAUGCCUCUGCUCCAGGAAAUCUACAGCUGAGACCCUGCCUGGGCACCCAGCCAAACCCCAUUCCCCUGCCCAGAAGACCCUUAACUAACAACCUGCCCCUACCUACCCACCUGGCACAUUCCCCACACGGCUACUGUGGCUUUCCUAGACAAUAGCAGCAGCCUGCCCUGCACUGCCCUUCCCUUCCGUACGGUGGGAUUGACAUCCAGACUGUAGUAAGAAAAGCAGUCCAGGGGCCACACAGCACACCAGAGGGUUACAAUGAAGGACUAAGGCAACACCACGUCUUCAUGCUGCUUCGAGGGAGGGCCAUAUAUUCAUUCAUUCAUUCAUCCAUUCUCUAGUCUGCACAGGGAAGGGGUCAGAGCUGGUUUCACAAGUGAAGCAGUGCUCUUUGGGAACAGGCUGAAGCAGCCACGACCCUGCUCCCAACUCAAGCACUAGCCCAGAGCUGAUGAACAGGAUGGGAUUUGUACCCACCUCGGUCUCUUUGCUCCCCUGAGGGUCAGUGAGGAGCGGGACCAGCUUUAAUACACAGGGAGAGAAGAAAGUAAUCAGACAUAAUCGUAGCCCUCCCCCUCAGUCCAGAGCCUGCCAGACUCAAGGGCUUGGAGAGGAAAGCAGUCAGCCUGGAGUCCUGGGUAAAGAUGAGACAGACUCUCAUCCUGCCCAUUGUGACAGCUCCGGCGAGCAGGGGGUUCUGUCCAGGCCCUGGCUUGUCCAGUGGAGUCAUACUGAGUAGAUUGGCCUCUGGGGAGGGUCCCAGACCCUGACCCUCUCUCUGAUGACCUCAAGUGCUCAGGGGCACCAUCUCCAGCUUUCUCAUCCCACAGUGAUGCUGAAGCCACAGUGAAAUCUGUUUCGCCAGUGAUUCAGGAAGGCUCCAAGUGCCAGGGUGACAGGCAGAGGGGGCAUCUUCUUCUCUAGCACAGCGGCAACACACCAGUUACUAUCCACCAGGCCUGGAAAAAAGAGCACAAGCUCUCAGGGUCAGAGAGCCAGCGUCACACUGACAGAUCAGGCAUCCUUCUCUCGGCCAAUAAAUACUAAGUGCCUGCUAUGUGCCAGGCACCGUGCUAAGUGA